AUGGCGGUUCUUGCUGACCUCGUUGUCGAGGCCACUCGUAUUGCUGUGAGAGCCGCUACCGAUACUCCGUCUUCCACCAACAAUGAAUCAACCAUUUCCACCACGACUAGCAUGCCCACCGAUUCAAACUUUCAGAACAACAAGAAUUCUGACGGCAACAAGGACAGAGGCAGCUCGCCGCUCCUCUUCUUUGUCGCUCUAGGCUUCGGCGUCGUCUUCACUAACCUCUGGAUCAUCGUCGGUGUCAAGUACUGUUUUCGCUACAACGCCCGCAAUCGCGCACGAAUGGGCGAAGAUGGCGAGCCUCUGCCUCUGGAAAACAUGCCUAGACCCCAUCGUCGUCGUCGCGAAAAGAAAUUGAUGUCCAUGGAUGAGGUCAACGAUAAAUUCCCCAUGAUGAAGUACAAGACGUGGGUCAUUGAGCGUGCCAGAGAAGGAUUGCCUACCGCUGGAGGCGUGGACUUGUCAGCCAGCAGACCAACCAGUAUCCACAACGUUGAAGCCGUUUCCGUCAUUGCCGCUACAAAAGACCGCCCUUCCCUAGACGACAUGGAUCUGGCCCCCAAAAUCCAGGAUCCUGCUGCCGCUACUGGAACCAAACCCGAGGAGAACCCGGUACAGACGGAAAAGACCAAGCCUGUCAGUGAUCCCGACGCCAUCGAAUCUGCUGGGCAGACAUCCUCCGCCGCACACGCAAAACCCGACGAUGUACAGCGAGUCGAAAGCCACCAGGACGAUGAUGACGACGACGAGCACAUCAAUGCCGCUCUCCCACCCGAAUGUCUUGCCGCCCCCGGUGAUGCCUGUGCUAUUUGCAUCGAUACUCUCGAGGAUGACGAUGACAUUCGUGGGCUCACCUGUGGCCAUGCCUUCCACGCUGUUUGCGUCGAUCCUUGGCUGACGAGCCGUCGUGCUUGCUGUCCGUUGUGCAAGGCCGACUACUACACGCCCAAGCCUCGACCCAACCAAGAUGCUGAUGCUACUGCCCAGAACAAUGUCAGUCUGGACCCCCGGAAUAACACGCGCAUGAAUAUGCCUACCAGCUUUGCAUCCGCCUGGUUCCGUUCCGGCCGAGCUCCGCUGCGCGCCGGCCGACGCUCAAGAACCAAUACAGCCGAGGCGCCUACACAACAGCCCACCGAGCCAUUCGGUAGCAGCAUGGUGUCAUCUAUGCGCUCUGCUCUCCGAUUCGGCCGCAGGAAUAACGCUACCCAGCCUACCGAGGCAGCUCCUGCCGCCACAGAAACAACUCCGAGCCAAUUAGAGUCUGGCGCCAGACCUCCUGUGGUAGCUUAG